AUGGGCGACGUGCGGUUUGUCGCGCGCGAGGAUCGAACGGCGUUCGCGAAGGCGAGGCCGUACGCGUACGCGAGCGAGAUGUUUGAAAAUGUGCGUCACGUUGGGCACGAUUUGAAGGUUGAAGACGGUGGCGCGUGGCGCAGGCCGACGUACGAGUCGAUCGUCGCGGCGCAAGGGCGAGGCGAGCGAAGAGAGCGCGACUCGAGCGUGGAGAGCGACCACACGACGCAGAGCGACGCGUGCGCCAGGAAGGUGGUCGUCGAGGACGACGGACCGUCGCCCGAGGCUGGGGUCACGUGCGCGUGUUGUCGAACGCAAAAGACACCGUUGUGGAGAAAUGGCCCGACGGGGGCGAAGACGUUGUGCAACGCGUGCGGCGUGCGCUUCAAGGCGGGUCGCGUCGUGUGCGACGAGGACGGCAACGUCGUGACGUUGGCUCCGCAGAGUCGAAAGCGAUCCUUGAGCGUUGAUCACCACGAGCGCGGGCGGCAGCUGAACAAGAGUAACUACGCGGCUUUGCACAAGCGCAUCAAGCCUUCGCACUCGUCGUUUGCGUACACGCAUUUGAGCGACGCGCGAAUGAUCGAGCUCCAACGCGUGGGCGAUCGAGGCGCCAAGGCGCCUUUUCCCCGCGUGCACUCUGCGACAAUUUUGACCGACUACGACGGUGCCGUGCUGCUGAUGCUUUUGCACGACGGCGAAGAAAGUGAAGGCGAAAGCGACGAAGACUAG